AUGAUUUACUCGGACCGCAUCGAUCCGCACAAACAGAACACACUGAACGAUGCUUUGGACCAUUCAAGAUCUGCACACGCUGAAAAGGAAGACCCGAUGGACUGCCCGAUAUCAGGGUAUUGUAUUACCAUUUGCCGUGCAAACGGAAAUCUCAAGAACCACGUCGAACACAACCGCCGUUUAUCCACGACGAGGCUGAUCAUCGCCAUCCAUAUCCAGAACAAGACUGCGACAACAGCUACAACAACGCACAAGACCUCCAAUAUCAUCUCAUUUGAGCUCAAAAAGGAUAGUUGUGUUGAGGGCUUUAAGACCUUAGCUGCUAUGAAGAAGCAUGUCGAAACAGGCCACUCCAACCAGUUCCCAUGCGCCGAUGAAAAGUGCACCAAACUUUUCGAAACGCAACAGAAGGUCGAUGACAAGAAUCUCGACUGUAGAUUCUGCGGGCAGAAUUUCAGCGGAACUCAUCUGGAGACUCCACGAAGAGUCACAUACUCAUGA